CGUGCACGCCAUGGGGCAUUUAUUGACUUCAAACUUUUAUAUACAAUUAACUUCCGUAUAAUAGAGGAAAAUGCCGGCAUUCAAGUGCUUUUAGUGUGUUGAUAAGAAAGUCAUUGUAUCGUGUUGUAAUUGUUUUAAUUAGUCCUUAUGUGGCAUCCAAGUUUUAUACCAUAGAAUCGGCGCCAUAUGCGGCUUUAAAGUCUAAUGAAAAUGCUCACAAUGCUACAAGGAAGUUAUUUAAAGGAACAGGUCAUUUUCAUCUUAACAUUGUUUCUAGUAAUGCGAUUUUAUUGCGAUUUUCACGAACAACAUAUGUUCUUGCUUGUUUCAAUAAUUUACUUAUUGCGACAUCCUUUACAAGUGCAGAGAAUCUCCUUAACGAGUGACUAUUUCACAAAUUAACGGUGCAAGAAGAAUAAUUGAAGUCAUUUUUGUUGAAAUGAAAUUCAUUCUGGAGAUUUAAAUAGAUGUUGCACAAAUCGGAAUAUUUAUGUGCAAUACGUUUAUAUGAGACAAGACACUUUCUCCAAACGGAAUACAAUACCUAACACAAAAACAACACAGCAGGUAUACACACAAAAUUAGGUUACUUAUUGUAACGACACACACUUGAUCUGAUCCAUAUGUGAUAAAGAAACGGAACAGUAAUAUGCGGGCUUGAAAUGAUGCUCAGAAUUACGUGUAACAUGACGACGUUCAGGAAUUCUUCCAAGAUGUUAGUGUUCCUGUCACUGUUGGUCGGACAAGCAGCACCCGACGCCGACGUAUUAAGAGACUGGUAUAGCUGGCACAUGGCAUGUCAUCGUAACAACCAGACCAUGCUCAGCUGGCCGAUGUGGAUGGAUCGCGGCCGUCCUGACCUGAAUACCACAUAUCCCGUUUGGCUCUACGGCGUUGAAGUCGAUCUACUCACAGGCCUUAGUACACAACGAACUUUCACAAUAUCACAACUCGAGACUCACAAGGAAGCCCGAACGAGAUGUAUGAAUGAUACAAGUUCGUUUGAAACCGGUUUGUUUGUCCUGGAAACGGCGAAAUCUCAGUGCGCACAACUUCUAUCAAAGAGCAAUUUUUCCUUUCCUAAAAUAAGUCCUAAUGACCUGAACGACUUUCAGAUUUCUGCAGACAUCAUUCAGGUUCCUUUCUGGGUCCAAAAAUUUGACAUCGAAGCGCCCAUCAAUACACCCCUAUGCUACUUGCUCGACAUGGACGGACUGGUGAAGAAGGACAAGUGUUCAGAAAAAUAUUCGUCCGUGUGCGUUACGGCAAAAGCUCACGACACAAUAACCUACUUAGGCAGCACUUCAAAAGUUCCGUUUUAUUGCUCGGCCUUGACCUCUGAUAAUUCGUCGAUGACGUCAUCAUCCAGCGCAACACAGCUUACCGAUAUUAUACUUAGGAUACCGAUCACAGUGCUAUGGGUUUUUAUUGCUAUGAACAGAUUGCUCGAUAACGUAUCAUAGAUUUGACGAUCGUUUGUCCAUGUUAACGGUAUCAGUUAUACCAAUUAUGCAUGAUUUGAACCUUUAGUCAUUUUGAUUUAAGUCGUCACGUUUUAUUCCGUUACGUUAGAACCCCACGAGCGUUGUUUAUUUGCUGUCAUCAACACUAUAAUAUUUAUUGUUUGUUACACUACAAAAAUCAACAAAUAACUAAAUAUGAUUGCUGAAUGUGUGUUUAUAUGAGACUUCCUUAAAUAUAAAAAUACAAUCAAAGCGGAAAAUGUCGUCCCUAAUUAGCCUUUGUGGACUGCACAGGCUAAUCUGGGACGAAAAUUUAUGCGUAUGCUUUUAGCCAAGUAUUCAUAGUACUCGACUUGCAUUGUUGAAAUGCGUUUACGUAAUUGUAUGUAUAAUAAAACAGACUUUACCAAACGUUCAGAAAUGUAUGCAAAAAAAGUAAGCCCGUGUUAAAUAAAUCGAUUGUAACUUU